UGAUUUGAUUAAAGCUGCUGAGAGUGAAUCUCUUAAUUUAUAAGAAACGACCUUAAACGCCCUACCUACCGCAAUCCAAAGCUCUCGCGUCUUGGCAAAGCUUUCGCCGUGACCGCUAGCAGAUUAGAGCGAUAAGGUGUAAACAUCAAUUCCAGUUCUUAAUACGAAAUACGAUCCCCAUAAACACAAAGAGUGGAACUUUCCACAGCAACACAACUGGCAGCUAGAGAUCAGCAUUACGCACAUCAUCAUGUGGGACGAUCUCAAGAACAAGGUGAUCUUGGUAACGGGCGCCGGAGCGGGCAUUGGCCAGGCGCUGGUCAGAGAGCUGGCCGGCGCGGGGGCUACUGUCAUAGCGGUGGCACGCAGCGAGACCCAGCUCAAGGAGCUAACCGCCUUUGACCCCAAGCACAUUCAGCCCCUGCAGCUGGACCUCACCGAGUGGCAGCCAGUGAGAGAGGCCCUGGCCAAGGUACCACUCUUGGAUGGACUGGUGAACAAUGCCGGAGUGGCCAUCAUUAAGCCAUUUGAGGAGCUCACCGAACAGGACUUUGAUACGCACUUUAAUGUGAACAUCAAGGCUGUGUUCAAUGUGACACAGGCCCUGCUGCCCAGGCUUCGUGAUGGAGCCUCCAUUGUGAAUGUCUCCUCGAUAGCUGCAUCGCGCUGCUUUGCUGGUCAUACAGCGUACAGCGCCACCAAGGCGGCCCUUGACUCGCUGACCAAAUCAUUGGCUCUGGAGCUGGGUCCUCGCAGGAUACGCGUCAAUUCGGUCAAUCCUACUGUGGUGCUGACCAAAAUGGGGCGCGACAAUUGGUCGGAUCCCGGCAAGAGUGGACCACUGCUGGCCCACAUUCCGCUGAAUCGGUUCUGUGAGGUGCAGGAGGUUGUCGAUGCCACUGGCUAUCUGCUGAGCAACAAGUCCAGCUUUGUGAAUGGCCAUCACAUUCUGCUGGAGGGCGGCUAUGCGGUGUCCUAGAGGCUCCCCAAGAAAUAAUUUCACUUGCGUUUAAAUGGCAUGCAAUUUAUUUGUAUAUAUAUGUAUAUGUAUGUAUCUAUAGUAUAUACCCAUAUAUGGGGUUUAACGGCGGUUAAACAUGCAAAUUUAUAUGUAUAUAAGUUUCUUUGCACAGCUUUGAAAGUUAUUAGCUUGAACUUCCCUUAGAUAAAUACAGCAGAAGCACAAUA